AUGAAGUCACUUACACUUUUAGGAUUGCUUCCAUUAACGUUGGCAAGAACUUUUCAUAUAGCCACUAAUCAGAAUGUCGCAUGUUUAGAAAUCAAAGCACCCACAAAUAUUUCAUUAACCAAGACAAUUGGUACAGCAAGCGGAGAAAAUCCGCCAGUGUUGAUAUUCAACUAUGAUGAGAAACUUCUUUUGCCAAUACCUAAUUUUGAUUAUUUGGUGACUGAUGGUAAAAUCGACGAUUAUUUCACUGAGCAAGGAUUUACAUUUGCCAAAGGAUUCAUUGGAUCUUCCUACAAUGACAUUUUGAUUGACAAAUUAUCAUACGAUGUUACAAGUCCAGGAACUUAUUGUAUAUACUCUCCUUUAAUUGAUGGCUACGAAUAUCGUGUUGAUGUUGACGAAUCAAGAAUCCAAUUUGAUAACGUUGUUUUCUGUGUUGUUAAUAUAAUUGUCAAUUUAUUCUAUAAUCAAUUUUUCAGUCGUCAAAACAAAGUGCUAUUCAAGCUAAUUGGUAAAUUUGAAUUAAUAAAAGCUGGUAUAUUUGCUGUUUCUUUAUUACUUUCGUUGAGAUUUAACAUUAUAAACUAUACAGAGGAUAUUGUGUCUGCAGUUGAUGAUGUAUUUACUAUGGUAUUUUUGAUGGGAUAUGGGACACUUUAUUCAAGUUACAAAGACCAGGAUCUUAAAAAAAUUGCUAUUGUUACUGCAUUUACCGUUACCCCAGCCAUUACCUCUCGUUUUUUUGAUUUAAAACUGGAUGUUACAAAUUUGGUUAUCAAUAACGAAUACUAUAAUGUUGUUGAUGGUGUCUUAGGGUCAGGGAAAUUUGAUGGGUUGAGUGUAGUACAAAGAAUAAUAAGAGACGUCAAGAUUCACAGAUUCAGUGCUGCAGUGGCCACAUUAUUCGGGGUUAGCAAAAUUAUUAAAUUUGCCAUGUACAUAUCUACAAUCAGGCAAACGUUGAGCAAAUUGACCCCUGGUGGAACUAAAUCUGGAUACCUUUAUUCAGUUAUAUUGUGGUUAUUUGUUUAUCCAUUUGCCAGCUUUGCCUUUUAUCCUGAUUUGGUAUACAAUUACUACUUGGUUACCGACUAUGCUCUGGUACUAAAACAAUUUUUGCUUGAGAGUGUCAGAGACAAAUAUAUUGUGUUAAUGGCAGAUGAAUGCCAUUGGGUUCUUUUCUUUUUGAUUUGGUUUAUUGGUAAUAAAGGUUUGACAAUAGAGACCAUUAGCCUGAAGAAAGAUGAAUAA